AUGGGGACGGAGCGGAAGCGCAAGGUGAGCCUCUUCGACGUGGUUGACGAGACCUCCGUAUCCGCUAAGCUCGGCCGCGCCGGCAUCAAUGGUGCCGCCGCCGCCGCCGCCGCCGCCGCGGCCAAUCCGUCCAUCAACCGGUGGAACGGCCGGCCCUACUCGGCGCGGUACCUAGAGAUCCUCGAGAAGCGCCGCACGCUCCCCGUCUGGCAGCAGAAGGACGAGUUCCUCCGCGUCCUCCGCGACAACCAGACCCUCAUCCUUGUCGGAGAAACCGGAAGUGGCAAGACCACUCAGAUCCCCCAAUUUGUGCUCGAGGCUGAAGGUUUGAGCAACCGCUCUAUGGUUGCCUGCACCCAGCCGCGGAGGGUUGCUGCAAUGUCGGUCUCUCGGCGUGUCGCGGAGGAGAUGGAUGUCACAAUCGGGGAGGAAGUUGGUUACAGUAUCCGAUUUGAAGAUUGCAGCAGUCACAAAACUGUUCUCAAAUAUUUGACAGAUGGUAUGCUUCUGAGAGAAGCAAUGGCAGACCCACUUUUAGAGAGGUACAAGGUGAUUGUUCUUGACGAGGCUCAUGAGCGCACGUUGGCAACGGAUGUUCUGUUUGGGCUUCUGAAGGAAGUUCUAAAGAACAGGCCUGACUUGAAGCUUGUUGUUAUGAGUGCUACUCUUGAGGCAGAGAAGUUUCAGGGUUAUUUCAGUGGUGCACCAUUGAUGAAGGUUCCUGGUAGACUUCAUCCUGUUGAGAUCUUCUAUACACAGGAACCAGAAAGGGACUAUCUAGAAGCUGCUAUCAGGACAGUUGUGCAGAUACAUAUGUGUGAACCUGCUGGUGAUAUCCUUGUAUUCCUUACUGGAGAAGAGGAGAUUGAGGAUGCGUGUCGGAAAAUAAACAAGGAAGUUAAUAACAUGGGUGAUCAGGUUGGCCCAGUUAAAGUCGUGCCAUUGUACUCUACUCUCCCCCCUGCAAUGCAGCAGAAGAUUUUUGACCCUGCUCCACCUCCAUUGAAAGAGGGAGGUCCUGCUGGAAGGAAAAUUGUUGUGUCCACAAACAUUGCUGAGACAUCCCUAACCAUUGAUGGUAUAGUGUAUGUUAUAGAUCCAGGGUUUUCCAAACAGAAGGUUUACAAUCCAAGGAUAAGGGUGGAAUCCCUUUUGGUGUCUCCAAUUUCCAAGGCAAGUGCGCAUCAGCGAGCUGGUCGUGCUGGAAGAACACAGCCUGGGAAGUGCUUCAGGUUGUACACAGAGAAGAGUUUUAAUGGUGAUUUACAGCCACAGACCUACCCAGAAAUUCUUCGGUCAAACUUGGCAAAUACAGUUCUUACUCUGAAGAAGCUUGGAAUUGAUGAUUUAGUGCAUUUUGACUUCAUGGAUCCUCCUGCGCCCGAAACUCUAAUGAGGGCCUUGGAAGUUCUGAACUACUUGGGGGCACUCGACGAUGAAGGCAACCUAACAUCUUUAGGUGAAAUGAUGAGUGAGUUCCCCUUAGACCCACAGAUGUCAAAGAUGCUUGUCAUCAGUCCAAGGUACAACUGUUCAAAUGAGAUCCUCUCAAUAUCUGCCAUGCUAUCAGUACCCAAUUGCUUUCUCCGGCCUAGGGAGGCACAAAAGGCUGCUGAUGAGGCGAAGGCUCGAUUUGGGCACAUCGAUGGGGAUCAUCUGACACUUUUGAACGUGUACCAUGCAUACAAGCAAAACAAUGAGGAUCCUACAUGGUGUUAUGAGAAUUUUGUCAAUGCCCGGGCGAUGAAGUCUGCUGAUAAUGUUAGACAACAACUUGUGCGCAUCAUGACCAGAUUCAACCUCAAGAUGUGCAGUACAGACUUCAACAGUCGUGAGUACUAUGUCAACAUCAGGAAAGCAAUGCUUUCAGGGUACUUUAUGCAGGUUGCUCAUCUGGAGCGAACUGGGCAUUACUUGACCGUUAAGGAUAAUCAGGUUGUCCAUCUUCAUCCCUCGAAUUGCAUGGACCAUAAGCCGGAAUGGGUCAUCUACAAUGAAUAUGUUUUGACCACCAGGAAUUUCAUCCGCACAGUCACCGAUAUCCGUGGAGAGUGGCUGAUCGAUAUAGCUCCACAGUACUAUGAUCUGACCAAUUUCCCAUCAUGUGAGGCCAAGCGUGUUCUUGAGAGGCUACACAAUAAGAGGGAGAGGGAAAGAGCUGCUAGUAGGAACUGA